CCGCCGCCGCGGGAGCCUUCGGAGCCCUCGGUCCGGCGGCACCGGUGGCAGCUGCUGGGGCGGCGGCGGACCUCCGGCGCGACCGCAAUGCUGAGCUCCCGGGCCGAGGCGGCCAUGACCGCGGCCGACAGGGCCAUUCAGCGCUUCUUGCGGACCGGGGCAGCCGUCAGAUAUAAAGUCAUGAAGAACUGGGGAGUUCUAGGUGGAAUUGCCGCUGCUCUUGCAGCAGGAAUAUAUGUUAUUUGGGGUCCCAUUACAGAAAGAAAGAAGCGCAGAAAAGGGCUUGUGCCUGGCCUUGUCAAUUUAGGGAACACCUGCUUCAUGAACUCUCUGCUUCAAGGCUUGUCUGCCUGCCCUGCUUUCAUCAAGUGGCUGGAAGAGUUCACUACACAGUACACCAGGGAUCAGAAGGAGCACCCGCCUCAACAGUAUUUGUCCUUAACACUAUUGCACCUCCUGAAAGCUUUGUCCUGCCAAGAAGUUACUGAUGAUGAGGUCUUGGAUGCAAGCUGUUUGUUGGAUGUCUUAAGAAUGUACAGAUGGCAGAUCUCUUCAUUUGAAGAACAGGAUGCUCACGAAUUAUUCCAUGUCAUUACCUCAUCACUGGAAGAUGAACGAGACCGCCAGCCACGGGUCACACAUUUAUUCGAUGUACACUCCCUGGAGCAAUCAGAAAUAACUCCCAAACAAAUAACCUGCCGCACAAGAGGGUCGCCUCACCCCACGUCCAAUCACUGGAAGUCUCAACAUCCUUUUCAUGGAAGACUCACUAGUAACAUGGUCUGCAAACACUGUGAACACCAGAGUCCUGUUCGAUUUGAUACUUUUGAUAGCCUUUCACUUAGUAUUCCAGCUGCCACAUGGGGUCAUCCGUUAACCCUGGACCACUGCCUUCACCACUUUAUAUCCUCAGAAUCAGUGCGAGAUGUCGUAUGUGACAACUGUACAAAGAUUGAAGCAAAGGGAACUUUGAAUGGGGAAAAGGUGGAACACCAGAGGACCACUUUUGUUAAACAGUUAAAACUAGGCAAGAUCCCACAGUGUCUGUGCAUCCACCUGCAGCGGCUGAGCUGGUCCAGCCACGGCACACCCCUGAAGCGCCAUGAGCACGUGCAAUUUAAUGAAUUCCUGAUAAUGGACAUCUACAAGUACCACCUCCUUGGACAUAAACCCAACCAGCACAACCCUAAACUGAAGGAGAACCCAGGGCCUGUCUUGGAACCACAGGAUGGGCCAGCACCACCCAAACCAGUUCCAAAUCAUCCAGGGGCCCCCAAAACACAAAUUUUUAUGAAUGGCGCCUGCUCCCCAUCUUUAUUGCCACCCCUGCCUGCCUCAGUGCCCUUCCCUCUCCCGGUUGUUCCUGACUACAGCUCAUCUACAUACCUCUUCCGGCUGAUGGCAGUUGUUGUCCACCAUGGUGACAUGCACUCUGGACACUUUGUCACUUACCGACGAUCCCCGCCUUCAGCUAAGAACCCUCUCUCAACCAGCAACCAGUGGCUAUGGGUCUCUGACGACACUGUCCGCAAGGCCAGCUUGCAGGAGGUCCUGUCCUCUAGCGCCUAUUUGCUAUUCUACGAGCGAGUCCUUUCCAGGAUGCACCAGAGUCAGGAGUACAAGUCUGAAGAAUGACUGCCCAGCCCCUGAGCUAGAGCCAAUGGCACUGUCCAAACUUCCCAGGAAAAAAACAAAACCAUGCUGCGUGUGUGCACAAGCAGCCCCAGUAGAGCCCUCUACCCUCCAGUGUGUUCUAAGAGCAGGCUUCACUCAGGAGCCAGUGGCCCCGACUCAUACCAAAUCAGCCUCCCUGAAUAGCUCUGCUGGCAUGCACUGGAAGGUGCCAUCAUGUUAGGAAAGCAUUUGCUAUGUCCAAAGUGUCUUUACUCAUCAGUUAUAGGUAAUUACAAGAAACCAGAUUCCAGAAGCCACUUUUUCACAUUGUAAUAUGUCAGGUGUUCUCAGAGGGGAAUUACCUUUGUCUAAUCCUCUGACAUUUCAGCAUAGAUCUUUUACUUAUAAUAAGCAGGUCCAUAAAAAUUGUUGACAAAAAUUAGUGAAAUUAUUAAAGGCAACAAUUUAGAAGAAAAAGUGCCUUUCACUUUUGAUUGCUUUGGUAGCACAUACACUCUGAAAUGGCCCUUCCAAGUUACUCAAAGGGUAGCAAAGGGACAGUUAAAAGAUGCCUAAAGAACGCCUCUUUCCCCUUUUUUGUAUGCCUUUUCUAAUCUUUGGAUUCUUUCUAUGUCAUAAAGACUCAUCUGCCAGUUCUACCCCGAGGAAAUUGUUUUCACUACUGUGUCAGCUGUAAGUGAAAUGCUUGUUGCUUUUAUCUUUUAUAAUGGACUAAAAGAUGCAAUGAUAGAAUACCAUAAACUGUGUGACUAGCUGGAAUGAGCAGUAUCCAUGCACCACCUAUGAUUCCUCUGCUCUGUAGAAAACUCUUUAUUAUACAGGGAUCCACUGUGGAUUGUUAUUGUUAAUAUCAUCUGUCUAUUACCCAUGCAGAGCUCCUAAGCUUUGUGAGUAGGAGCUUGGGGCUGUAUAAAACUCAAUCCCUGCCUUGAGUUGAAAGCUGGUUUAGAAAAGGAGGGUACUGCAAUCUCUCUGGACCUGUUUCCUCAUUUGUAAAGUGAAGGGUAGAUUCCAUGACCUCCAGUAUCCAGCCCUUUUCCCCAAAAGAAGAAAGCAGCUUCUGACUUUAAAACACAUAACUAUAGCUGACAUCUAGUAUUGUCAUUUUAUUAUAGGUCCAUAUUCUAAAUUUAUUCGUUUUCAGUAGCCUAAUACAGAAAGAGUAUAUUGAGCAUUCUCUUCCCUCAUGAAUACAGCCCAGGGCAGAAGGAAUUUUGAUGACACAGUCGUUACCUGUUUUAGCUAGAUUUUUAAUUUAAAAAAAGGAUACCAAAUCCAAACUGACUCUUCAGAAAUAAGAUUUGGAAUUAGAUCUUUCCAAAGGGUCACCUGAGGUAAGGCUAAGAAACUACUUCCUCCGCGGGGAGUGGAGGACGCUUCCUGACCAUGCCUUGGUCAUCAGCUCAGAGUGCAAAGAGCCCAGGUGAUCAUCAUUCUGUCUGGCUCAGGCUGCAUCCUGAGGCCUCUGUAACUCUCUCCCAACAGAACAUACUGUGAAGGUUCUCCCAACCAUGGGUAUCGGGGUGGAAGGAGCAGCUUGAACCAUCUCAUCCAAUCAUCCCCGACCCACUCAGGCCUUGGCUUUGAUGCUAAAAUGAACACGUUUUACUGGAGUCUGGUUGAAAAUGCCCAAUUGUGUGACCUUAAAAAUGGAUUGCAAAGUUGUAGCUUUGAAUAAUUGCUGUUCUGCCACUGCCUACUCUAUGAAAUCUGCCAUUAAAGAGAUGCAAGAAAGGGAACAAGCCUUUGAUCAUGUGGUUGUGAACAGAUCUUUGGCCAGAGGCCAGGGUUUGAGCCAAGGUAGUGAAUGUGAACAGUAUCUGUGCAAAGUCUCUUAACCUGACUUCUUAAAGCUGACUUCCUCAUUUUGUAAAUUAUUAGGCACUAAGAAAUCUGAUUUCUAGUUUUAAAUUAUUUAAAAAGUAGCUUCUUUUUGGAAAAUCUAA